CCCUACUAUCACGAAUCGCAAUCUGACAAUUACCCUAACUACUCUUUCUCUCUUCAAUUCUUCUUACUAUUUACUUUCUCUCUCUAAACGUUGGUGUGUUAAAACUCCCAUACGACUUCUCUCCUCUUUUGUUUUCUUUAUUGCUGUAUCACUUUCCUCGUCCUGCAAAAUCCUCCAAAUCUUCUUAGACAAUGAGAACGGUUUCCCGACAAAGCUGAUCCUUUCCUUCAAAUAAUAAUACUUUACACAUUCAUGUUCAUUCACUCAAAUCAAUCCUCACUCUGAUUAUUUUUCUUUCAUUUUCUCUCGUUUUCUCUCAAAUCUGGAAAGUUGGUCUCGUCGUUCUUUUUUCUACUUGCUAUGGAAGCAGGAGAAGAUUGUUGUGUGAAGGUUGCGGUUCACAUCAGACCUCUCAUCGGUGACGAGAAGCUUCAAGGCUGUAAAGACUGCGUCACUGUCGUCUCUGGGAAGCCUCAGGUACAAAUUGGUACGCAUUCGUUUACUUUUGAUCAUGUCUAUGGGAGCACCAGUUCCCCUUCGUCUGCAAUGUUUGAAGAAUGCAUUGCUCCCCUGGUCGAUGGGCUGUUCCAAGGAUACAAUGCUACAGUUCUUGCUUAUGGUCAGACUGGUUCGGGUAAAACAUAUACCAUGGGCACUGGCUUUAAAGAUGGUAUUCAGUCAGGAAUAAUUCCCCAAGUUAUGAGUGGUUUGUUUAGCAAGAUUGGAACUCUGAAGCAUCAAACGGAAUUCCAAUUGCAUGUUUCUUUUAUUGAGAUUUUAAAAGAAGAAGUAAGAGACUUGCUUGAUCCAACUUUUAUUAGCAAACCAGAGGCUGCAAACGGGCAUGCAGGGAGAGUAACAGUACCUGGGAAGCCGCCAAUACAAAUUCGAGAAACAUCAAAUGGUGUUAUUACAUUGGCAGGCUCUACGGAAAUUGGUGUAAGCACACUGAAAGAAAUGGCUGCUUGCCUGGAACAAGGGUCGUUGAGUAGAGCAACAGGAAGUACAAAUAUGAACAACCAGUCAAGUCGUUCACAUGCCAUCUUCACCAUCACACUAGAGCAAAUGCAUAAGGUUGAUCCGGCGGCAUCUCCUGGCGAUACCAGUCCUACUGAGAGUAUGAAUAAUGAAUAUUUGUGUGCUAAAUUGCACUUAGUAGAUCUUGCUGGGUCCGAGCGAGCAAAGAGAACAGGUUCUGAUGGUUUACGUUUUAAGGAAGGAGUUCAUAUUAAUAAAGGCCUUCUUGCACUUGGCAAUGUCAUUAGUGCACUUGGUGAUGAAAAGAAGCGCAAAGAGGGUGUCCAUGUUCCAUAUCGAGAUAGUAAACUUACUCGGCUUUUGCAGGACUCACUAGGUGGUAACAGCCGGACUGUUAUGAUAGCCUGCAUAAGUCCUGCUGAUAUCAAUGCGGAGGAGACACUCAACACUUUAAAGUAUGCAAAUCGUGCCCGAAAUAUUAAAAAUAAACCUAUUGUCAAUAGAGAUCCCAUGUCCAGCGAGAUGCUGAAGAUGCGCCAACAACUUGAGUUUCUGCAGGCUGAACUUUGUGCGCGAGGAGGAGGUUCUUCGGCUGAUGAAAUACAGGUUCUCAAGGAAAGAAUUGUUUGGCUCGAAGCUGCAAAUGAGGAUCUUUGCUGUGAACUUCAUGAAUAUCGAAGUAAAUGUCCUGUUGCAGAGGAGCGUGACAGAGAUGCUCAAGAUGGUACUACUCCCACUACUACUACAGCUACCUACAUGGGGAGAAGUGAGAGUCUUAAGAGGGGCUUGCAAAUAAUAGACUCAGCUGAAAAUCAAAUGACUGAAACCUUGUCAAGUGAGGCACGGGAAAUUGAUGAAGAAGUAGCCAAAGAGUGGGAGCAUACACUUCUGCAGAGUUCUAUGGACAAGGAGUUGCAUGAACUGAAUAAACGUCUAGAAGAGAAAGAGUCUGAGAUGAAACUUUUUAGAGUUUCUGACCCUGUGGCCCUCAAGCAGCAUUUUGGAAAGAAAAUAGUGGAAUUAGAAGAUGAGAAGAAAACCGUGCAGCAAGAAAGAGAUCGUUUGCUAGCUGAAGUUGAAAACCUUGCUGCUAACACUGAUGGACAAACUCAGAAAUUGCAAGAUGUCCAUUCCCUGAAGUUGAAAACACUCGAGGCACAGAUUCUGGAUCUUAAGAAGAAGCAAGAGAACCAGGUGCAGCUUUUAAAGCAAAAACAGAAAAGUGAUGAAGCGGCAAAGCGCCUACAAGAUGAAAUUCAUUCUAUAAAAGCACAGAAGGUUCAAUUACAACAAAGAAUAAAACAAGAAGCAGAACAAUUCAGGCAUUGGAAAGCAUCUCGAGAGAAGGAACUGCUGCAGUUGCGGAAGGAGGGCAGGAGAAAUGAAUAUGAAAGGCAGAAACUGCAAGCUCUGAACCAGCAUCAGAAACUGGUUCUUCAGAGGAAAACUGAAGAGGCUGCGAUGGCUACCAAGAGGCUAAAGGAAUUGCUAGAAGCUCGCAAAUCUUCUGUUCGUGACAACUCAGCAGUUGCUGCCAAUGGGAAUGGAACAAAUGGACAGAGCAAUGAAAAAUCUUUGCAACGUUGGCUUGACAAUGAGUUAGAAGUGAUGGUGAAUGUGCACGAAGUUCGUUAUGAAUAUGAGAAGCAAAGUCAAGUGCGAGCUGCACUGGCGGAAGAGUUAUCCAUGCUUAGGCAAGUGGAUGAAUUUUCUUCGAAAGGCCUUAGGCCUCCAAGAGGAAAGAAUGGUUUUGCCAGAGUGUGUUCCAUGUCACCAAAUGCAAGAAUGGCAAGAAUAUCUUCACUUGAGAACAUGCUGAGCAUUUCAUCCAACUCACUUGUGGCAAUGGCAUCCCAACUUUCAGAGGCAGAAGAACGGGAACGUGCAUUCACUAGCCGUGGGCGUUGGAACCAGCUACGCUCCAUGGGGGAUGCAAAGAAUUUGCUUCAAUAUAUGUUUACUUCUGUUGCAGAUGCAAGGUGCCAAUUAUGGGAGAAGGAAAUUGAAAUUAAGGAAAUGCAAGAGCAACUUAAGGAACUCGUAGGUCUUUUGCGGCAGAGUGAGAUGCGAAGAAAAGAAGUUGAGAAGGAACUAAAAGUGAGAGAGCAAGCCAUUGCAAUUGCAUUGGCUACGACAGCGCCGGGUAACUCACCCAAUUCAUUGGAACACAUGGCUGAAGAAGUGAGUGGUUCACUGUCUCCAGUACCUGUGCCAGCACAUAAACAAAUAAAGUAUACAGCAGGCAUUGCGAAUGGUUUAGUCAAGGGCCCAGCGGCAUUCUUGGAUCAAACUCGAAAGAUAGUACCCAUUGGGCAGUUGUCAAUGAAAAAGUUAGCAGCUCUAGGACAAUCUGGAAAGCUAUGGAGAUGGAAGAGGAGUCAUCAUCAGUGGCUGUUACAAUUCAAAUGGAAAUGGCAGAAGCCAUGGAAACUGUCGGAAUGGAUUAGAUACAGUGAUGAAACACUCAUGAGAUCAAGGCCUCGGCUACAAGCUGUUAGAAGUAGUUCAAGGUGAUUAAUUGUUCGUGGAUCACCAGCCUUUUGUUAACCACGUUUCGUCCUUGGCCUAAAAAGCAUUGGUCCCAAACAUGUGGCAUGGGAAACAUAGAAAUAAGUGCAGGUAACAAUUAUAAAUUUCAUUCUCACAGUUUCUUCUAAAAUAAGAUCUUCAUGAUCAGCUGUUUCAGAAAAAGAAAGAAUGUUACUUGUAGUGCCUCGUUUGAAUGAUGCAGCAUGCUGUAAGUAGCUGUUGGGGAUCUCUGUUUAUGCCAAGGAUGAUUACCUGAUUGGAAAAAGUUAGGUUUGUGAUCUUGAAAAUUUGGCCAUGGCUACACCACCCUUGGUGCAUCUUGUAAAGCUGUGUUGAUGCUAGUCAGGUUGCCUACAUAGUUAGAAGAAGACACCAAAGGUGUGACAGCAAGUCAUGAACCUUUGGGGAGAAAAGGUCUCCCUCAUCGAGGAGUUCUACAAUGUUUGUUAACAGCAAAGUUUUCAGGAGAAGAAAUUCUUCUGUAGUCAUAUAGAUGUGUGUGAAAAUGUCUUAUUUUUUUCUCUUCUCAUUUUUUAUUUUUUGUGUCCAAGUUGUGCUAAUGUUUAUUGUGUGUAAACACAAUAUCAACACCCUUGCACCACAAAUUCACAACAAAAAGAAAAUUCUUUUGGAGAUUUUUUUUUUAUUCCCUUUCCUUUUCCUGUAGCUUUGUGUGCGUUAUUAUAGUUGUAUUGAAAAUGACUGUAUCGUGUAUUCAUUUUUGUAUUUACAACAAAAAAAUAUUCAUGGCAUCUAAAUAUAAAAUUAAAGC